AUGCGCCGCCACGAGUCUCCGAUAUCUCGUGAGUACCUGACGCUUACGGCACCCGUCACCAGAGACCGCAUGUGCUUUUUGGCGAUAUGUCCCAAUCUGGCGAGAUGUAAUGACAUCGUUCAGCAUCAGUGUUCGAAAUCCAAUCACUAUCCGAUGGAGCACAUGAUUAGCCCAUGUUCCGAGUUCCGGGAUAUCAAUUACAUAUCUAUGGAUGACUUAAACAAGGAGUGCCUUAUCUGUGUUAUCUUCAAAGAAUUUGGGUUGGAGCCGUGUGAUCGGAGUUACUUUGCGAAGCCCUGUUCGGCUGCUUCUGUGCACGACCCGGGUCAGAACUUGACGAUAAUGAGCCGAAUGGUAAAAAUCUCUCAGCUGCAGAGGAGCCGUGAAAAAAAUAGCCAUAGGAUGGAGCCAUACUCUGGGAUAUGUUUAUUUGCUGAAAACAGAUACACUUUGCGGUGCAACAAGCAUGACGUAUUCGGGGUAACCAAAGGGUAG